AGGAGGAAAUAAAAGUGAUAAUGGCUGCGUUAAACCCUCUCAAAACCUCACUAAACUCCCUCAAAUGUCAGACACCCAAUCCCUCAUCCUCAUCAAUCCCCUCACCAAACGCAAUUUCAUCAAGUAUCCGAAAAUAUCUCAAUCGGUGGUGUCCGGACAAAGCCACCACCAAAGCCAACAAGGAGCAUCUCUGCAUACUUUGUGCAGCAGUGGUCGGAAAGAAGUCCUCGACGCCAUCAAAGGCUCACUUCACAAUUGUCUGUCGGAGAAAAAUCUUCACUUAACGGUUCCUGGAAUGAAAUCCAAAAUCAGAGGCAAGGUUCGAGAAAUUUAUGAUGGUGGGGAUUAUCUGGUUUUGGUCACCACUUGUCGGCAGAGUGCAUUUGAUAGGAUUCUUACUUGCUUCUAUUUCAUUCAAAGGCCAGGUUCUUAACGAGACCAGUUUGUGGUGGUUCGAGAGAACACAGCGUAUAACUCCAAAUGUACUUGUGUCAGCACCGGAUAAAAAUGUUACAAUUAUGAAGAAGUGCUCUAUCUUUCCCGUUGAAUUUGUUGGCUUGGUAAAAAAUCAAAAGCUACCAGCAAAUAUAUACUCACACCAACAACUAAGGCUGAUGAUCAUGAUGUUCCUGUAACUCCAGAUGAGAUAAUUGAAUGUGGACUGAUGACCUGAGUUGAAUUUGAUGAAGCAAGAGAAAAAACUCAUGUGGUUUUGGAACAUGGCUUGAUUUUAGUAUAUACAAAAUAUGAAUUUGGAAAGGGCAGCAAUGGUUUUAUUCUAUUGAUUGACGAGGUUAGUUUCCAUAUUCAAAAGGAUCCAUUACAAUCUCUGUGCCCUGCUCCUGAGGGUGGCCCCUUCAUGCUCGUGUUUUGCGUCUGCUCACACAGAUGCUUGAAAGAAUGUAAGCUGACUGGCAGUACAAUGAUGAAUGUUUUGUUUUGUCUUAUGUCAUAAUUCAAGGUGCAUACCCCUGACUCAAGCAGAUAUUGAAUUUCUAAUUCUUAUGAGGAGGGCUUUCAGAAUGGUCUUGAACCUGAAAAUGUUGAUAACGUGCAGUGCAUGAUGUUUUCAACUAUUGCAGACAAUGAUUUUAUUCCUUACCGGUUAUUUGUGGAGCUAAUAUCCUUGCCUCUAAUAAUUUAUAGGAGUUCUUGAGGUUAUGGUUCAAAGAGAUCUGCAAUCUUAUGAAGAUGACGUCCUUCCUGAUGCUCCCACCAAACUUGUUUGUGAGCUAGCUUGGCGGUAUGUUUUCUAUAUC